UUUGAAAGUCUGUAUGGAGAGCAGCAGCUCCGGUUUCAGCUGCUGUGGGUCAAACCUCAGACUGAGGGACUCCCAGUCCAGUUCUGGUUCUCUGGAUCGAUCCGGUCCGGAGUUUAUCCAUCAUCGAUGGCCAAGUGGGGGGAAGGGGACCCUCGGUGGAUCGUUGAGGAAAGAGCUGAUGCCACCAACGUCAACAACUGGCACUGGACGGAGCGGGACGUCACGGCCUGGUCCUCGGACCGCCUCCGUCAGCUGCUGCUGGGCGUCCGGGUGGAGGGGUCAGAGGGCGUCUGCGAGGUCACAGAGGUCAGCAGGCUGGACGGAGAGGCGUCCAUCAACAACCGCAAAGGAAAACUCUUCUUCUUCUAUGAGUUCCAACUGAGGGCCAACUGGUUAGGGACGUCCUGCAGUGGACUGAAGUACCGAGGGACCAUUGACGUCCCCAACCUGUCCGAUGAGAACGAUGAAGACGACCUUGACAUCUCGGUGUCUCUGUGUAAGGACCAGCCCAGCACCCCACUGCUGGACCUGAUGAAGAGGUCUGGUGGUAAGGAGGUCCGCAGGGUUCUGGGCCAGUACGUCCGUGACCUUAAAUCAGAUUUCAGUCAGGGGAUGAUCCUUCCCACUGCUGACGGGCAGAAACCAUCCACACCUCUGGCGAGCAAGAAGAACCAGGUCAAAUCCAGUAAAACUCAGGUUAGCUCAGACGCUAGGCGCUCAUCCAGCCCGGCUACCUGUCCCACAGGUGUUCGCAUCCAGACCUGCAGCUUCAGUCUGAGGGAAACGUUCCAGACCUCUGCUGAUGAACUCUACAGGACCUUCAUCAACCAGGAGUUUGUUCAGGUGUUUACACGCUCAGCAGCGACUGUUGACGCCCGGCGAGGAGGAAAGUUCCUUCUUCUUGACGGCAGCGUCAGUGGAGAGUUCACAGAGCUGGUUCCAGACCAGAGGAUUGAGAUGAGGUGGCGCUUCAGGACUUGGCCCAGCGAGCACUGCGCCACCAUCAGGCUGGAGCUGGUAGACAGAGGAGACGAGACGGAGCUGGAGCUGGAGGGCCGAGGAGUUCCUGCUGGAGAGGAGGAGACCACCAGGGAGGGCUGGAGGCGCUUUUACCUGCAGGCCAUCAAACAAACCUUUGGAUACUGAGAGGGCCUGAACCCUGAGGAACGCCUCAGCGGCUCCAACUGAGCCUGUAAAGUCUCAUUUCUGUUAUUGCCUCUGGAAGAACACUUAGCGACCUAAAGGAACAUGAGUGCUUUCAUAAAAUCUCCUGCUGCUCGUUUCUGUCCAAGGUUCGUCCAGAAAGUCGGUGCCCUUGAUGGGCAACUUCUACUGAAAGCCACAAUGAAGAACCUGAAAAAACGUAUCUGUUCAAAGUGUUGUAACUUUUUACAGUGUUUGUUCUGAGCUAAUGGAGCUAUUCCUUAAGGAACCAGUGCUAACUAAAAAGUUAGCUACGCUAACACUACAGCACCAAUCAUAAACAGUUCUGCUAAUGCUAAUGUGCUAUAGAAAUAUAGCUUUUAGUGGAAGCUAAUGCUAAACUAACGUUAACCAAUAAGAUUUUAUGUGGAAUGAAAACAAUGUUAAGCAAUUAAAAUCAAACCUGCCCUUAAAAGACUAAAACCUUUCAGCACCAAUUUAAUUUUGACUUUAUAAUUUACAUAUUCUAUAAUAGUAUUGCAAUUCUAAAUAUUGUGUAUCUUGUUUUAAAUAAAGUUAUUGGGGGAAAAGUAGAAUAAGAGGAAAGGAAAUAGAUCUACUGUAUAAACAGACUUCAAAAUAAGAGCAUGAGAAUUGCAAGUUGAUGGAUCUAAACCAGGAGUAUAUAAAGUGUUGUUGGUCUUUCAAAAGAAAGCUUUUGUAUACUUUUCAAAAUAAAGGUUUUGCAGUGAG